ACCUGAACCUGUUUCUGAAUCAUUUAAAAUGGCCAACACAAACAUUUCAAUCCAUCAUACAUCAUCAUUAUUAUCAAAUUUUUUUAAAAUUCUAUUAUUAAUAUUGAUAUUAAAUUUAACAAAAGCAUAUGAAUUUAAAUGUCCAAAAGAUUGGAUUGAAUUUCGUAAUAAUUGUUAUCAAUUUAUACGUUCACCAACAAAAAAUUAUGAAGAAGCUAAUGAACGUUGUUUUAUUUAUAAUGCCUAUCUAUUAUCAGUAUUAUCGACUGAUGAACAUCAAUUUAUAACCGAUUGGUUAAGACAAAAUGAUCCAUUACAUAUGAGCUGGUAUACAUCAGCAAUUGAUACUAAUAAUAAUGCAUGGCGUUGGAAUGUACCAGCUAAUCGUCUUAGUGAUUCUGGUUCAAGCUCAAUAUUUGCUGCCAAUAAUAUUAAUAAUAAUAUUAAUAAUAAUGAUCAACAAUCAUCAUCAAUUAAUUCAAUGAUGACACAUCAUCGUGAUCAACGUUAUUAUUCAGUUAUUGCUGCAUUAUGGUUACCAAUACAGCAAAAUAAUGUCUAUGAUGAUCAACAACAACAACAACAACAACAAUCACAGCAAUCAAAUUCAUUGGAUAUUUGGAAUAAUCAACGUCAACAGGGUAAAAAUGCUGUAUAUAAUUUUUCACAAUCAUUAAAUCGUUGGGGUUUACUACGUACAAACGGUAAUGAAUAUAAUGCCUAUAUCUGUAAACUACGUAAAGAAGAUGUUAAUUUUGCCAAUGCAAUUGAACGUAAUAUCGAUUAUGGUGUAAAUGUUAUUGAUUCGGCAAAAAUUCCACGUGGUCCACGAUUUGUACAUGAACCAAAAGAUGUUAUAUUCGAUGUUAGUGGUCGUAGUCAAUUAAAUUAUGCAACAUUAAAAUGUGUUGCCGAUGGUUAUCCAACACCAACAUAUAAAUGGUAUAAAGAAGAAUAUAUUGAAAAUCAGAUACGUUCAAAUCCUAUUGAUCCAUUAUCUGAUCGUCGUUAUACACAAACCGAUGGUAUAUUGAUUAUUGAUAAUCCACAAACUGAUCGUGAUCGUGGUAAAUAUCAUUGUAUUGCUGAAAAUCGUUUUGGUUCAAUCAUAUCACAAACAGUUCAAUUAACAUUCGGUUAUAUUGGAGAAUUUACGAAAAAACGUUCACCCGAUUAUGGUCGAGAAUAUUGGGGAAAAUCAAUAUCAUGUGAUCCUCCAAAACAUCAUAUCUCUGUCAGUUAUCAUUGGUCACGUGAAUCAUUUGAAUAUAUCAUCGAAGAUGAUCGUCGUACAUUCGUAUCAAGAGAUGGAAAUCUUUAUUUUUCAUCAUUAGAAAAGAUUGAUCGUGCCAAUUAUUCUUGUAAUGUAAAAUCAUCGAUUGCAUCUAGUGGUCGUACUGGUCCAUUUUUUCCAUUAAUUGUUGAUUCAGCAUCUUCAUCACAAAAACUUUUGUUUCCAAAUCAUUUUCCAAAAAUAUUUCCCGAAAUUAAAUUAGCCGGUUCUGAAGUACGAUUAGAAUGUAUGGCAUAUGGUUAUCCUGUACCAUAUUAUAAUUGGACACGUGAAGGUUUAACUACACAAAUGCCCGAAGGACAUUAUCUAGCAAGUUUUAAUCGUGUAUUAAUAAUACCACAAGCUAAAGUUGAAGAUAGUGGUGAAUAUGUUUGUACAGCAACAUCGGGUAAAGAUGUUAUAUCGAAAAGUGUACAAUUAUCGAUACAAUCAUUGCCAAUAAUAUUACAACAUAUUGGUAAUAAAGUUGUUGAACGUGAUUUAUCCGUAUUAACAUGGGAAUGUGCUGCAUUUGGUAUACCAUCGGUUAGUUAUACAUGGUAUAAAAAUGGUGUCGAAAUAUCGGAUCGUAAUAAGAUGACAUAUUUUUCCGAAGAAGAUCGAAAUCGUUAUGAAGUUCGUGGAAAUAUGUUACUUAUACAUGGUUUAAUACCUGAACGUGAUGAAGGAAUGUAUCAAUGUCAAGCUACAAAUGAACUUGGUACAGCAUUUUCAAGUGGUCAACUUCGUAUCGUACAGAUGGCACCAUCAUUUCGUAAACAUCCGAUGCCUAACGAAAUGUAUGCAGCCGAAGGUGGAAACAUUACCAUACCUUGUGUACCAGAAUCAUUACCAAUACCGUCAUUUGAAUGGCAAAAAGACUUCAAUCGUAUUUUGAUGGACGAUCGAAAACGUGUAUUACCGAAUGGUUUUCUAACCAUUUCACCUGUACAUCGUACUGAUAUGGGCGAAUAUACUUGUGUUGCACGAAAUUCGUUAGGAACCGAUAGAACACGUGGUAUUUUACGUGUAUUUAAUCGACCCAAACUAUAUAUUCGACCGAAUCCGGUUUAUGAUCUAAAAAUUGGUCAAUCAAUUGAGCUACCAUGUAUGGCCAUUACUGAUCCACAAUUGGAUUUAGCAUAUAAAUGGCAACACAAUGGACUUCGAAUUGAUUUCGAUAGAAUGCCUCAAUAUUCAAUGGCUGGUAUUGAUGGAAAUCUUCGAAUCAAUAAUCUUACACUGGCUGAAACUGGCGAAUAUGAAUGUAUAGUACAAACGACAGUUGGUUUAACAUCGGCAACAACAAAAAUUCAAUUAUAUGCUCAUCCUGGAGCGCCUGGUGCAUUAUUAGCAGAUGAUAUUACGGCAACAUCAGCUCGACUGCAAUGGAGUGAUGGAUCCGAUAAUGGUCGACAAAUUGUUGGCUAUCAAAUCGAAGGCAUUACUAAUCAUGAUAGUGGUUGGCAAUGGUUGGCUAAUUCAACCGAAUUACUUAAUCCAUAUACAAAAAUUCAUGAAAGUGGUCGUACAAUGCUUUAUCUUCGUGAUGUUCUUUCACCUUGGUCAACAUAUCGAUUUCGUGUUUCAGCAAUGAACGUUAUUGGCAUGGGACCACCAUCUGAACCAAGUCCAUCAUAUAAUACAGAAAAAGCAGUGCCAUUUAAGGCUCCAAGCAAUGUAGGCGGUGGUGGUGGUAAAGCCGGUACAUUAACUAUUACUUGGGAUCCAUUACCACCAAAAGAUUGGAACGCUCCUGACAUCUGGUAUCGAAUUUUUUACAAACCAAAUUCUUCCUAUUAUGAACAACAACCUUAUAUUGACAAGAAUCUGACACAUUUAGGCAACAUUAAUAUGUAUACAGUGAAUGUUGGUGAAGAAAAUUAUUAUCAAGCAUAUUUGGUUAGAGUUCAGGCAAUGAAUUCAGUAGGUGCCGGCACCGUAAUCAGUGAACCAACAAUAGUUUAUUCGGCUGAAAGUAUGCCACAGAUUGCACCGGCCGGUGUAAAUGCAUUAGCAUAUAAUUCCACAGCAUUGAAUGUAACAUGGUCACGUUUGGAUACAAGCCGUGAAAAGAUGCGUGGUCGUUUGAUUGGACAUCGAAUAAAAUAUUGGAAAAUGAAUCAAGAUCCACAAUAUGAUUCACUUACAUUAUUAAAACGUGGUUCCGAUCCAUGGGGAUUGAUUGUCGGUUUAAUGCCAGAUACAGAAUAUUAUAUUGCAGUAAUGGCAUACAAUGAAGCUGGAUCUGGUCCCGAAAGUGAACCAUUCUUAGCACGAACAUUUAAAGCUGCACCACAACAACCGCCAACAUCCGUAAAUGUUACGGCCAUAGAUUCACAUUCAGUAUUGGUAACAUGGCGUGGUAUUAGUUCAUUAACAAAUGCUGAAGAACCAAUCAGUGGUUAUAAGGUACGAUAUUGGGAUAGUGAUCAACCAAUUUCACGUGCACGUGAAAUAAUUAAACCAUUAGAUGGUAGUGAUUUACGUGCCAUUAUUAGUGAUCUAAUACCUGGAAAAGUAUAUAAACUUCGUGUACUUGCAUUUAGUAAUGGUGGUGAUGGUAAAAUGUCUCAACAGAUUGAAUUCAAAUUAAGUGAUGGUAUUGCUGCACCAUAUCAGAUGAACAAUAUUGAUGGCUGCCAACAAUUAUCAAAAUAUUUAUCAACAUUAACAUUAAUAUUAUCAUCAACAUUUUUCAUUAUUUAUUUUUGAGCUUUAUUUUUUUUUUCUUUUUAAUUUUUUUCUGUAAGCUUGAAAUGAAAUUAUUUGUGAACCUAGUCGUAUCAUCACAUCCACAUUGUGUAUUUUUUUUUAAAUUUUUUCUUUUUACUGACUUUCACCAUUAUAAUAUUUUUCAUAUCCACUCAAACAUUCCUUUAUUGCAUAAUUAUAUAAUGAAAUGGUAUGAAUUGAAAAAAGAAAAUUUUAAUUCAAAAUUCAUUUUUUUU